GUUCCUCUAGAGCAACACAAAAUGGACUAAGACAAGAACCAUAGGUCCAUUUCACAGUACAGAGCUGAGGUUGACCCCUUUUAUACACAACCAUACUUUCUUAGAGCCCAUAGAACAUCAUUUCAUUUACAUCACACCUAAAUUCCACUCUUUAGCAAAAUCCUAUGUUAACUCUAUAUUUUCCUUUGUUUGAUGAGAUACCCCACAAUUGCUCUGUUGUGCAGUCCCCACACUGCAAUGAGUCAGUAAACUCAAUUGGUUUGUUUACAGGUUGUCCCUGGUGGUUUUAGGCUGAUUGGGCUAAGACAAACCACGUCUUAUUUUUUAAAUGUCUCCUUUAAGCAAAUGUUAUUAUCUGUAUUUUACUCUAUUCCAUAAGCAGAAGUAACAAAGUAGUCUAAUUGCACCAAAAGAUGCUUAUAGCAUAAAACUUUCUAUGCUGUAAACAUAGAAAGUACUUGAAAUCAAAAAGAAAAAAUUACUGUCCUUAAAAUGAAAAAAAAUAUACACACAGAGUUGGGGUUUUUUCACUUUACUAAAGCUCAGGCUGUGCUUCUUACAACAGAACAAUGAUCAAAACUACAGCUUUUUUUCCUCCUUUAUAAUAUGACCAAACAAGGGUUAGUGGCAAUGAGCACUGCAUCACUUAAAAGAUACUGAAAAACUUGAAAUACUGAUGAACCUCUAACAAACACCUUCUUCCCAAUCCUCACUCUUGACCUAUGACCUUGUUUCCUUUUCACUGAGAAACAGAGACAAAAUUAGAUGAGAAUGUGUACAAGCUCUCACCAUAAGGUCUUCCUACCUCCUCUAACUGCACCUAUCUACUAUUACUAUCAAAGAUCCCUCUGUGUCCCUAACAAAGGCUAUUUCCUCUCCUUUUGCACUAAAUUCCAUAUACUCAUGCCUAUGGGGAGACAUUGUUCCAGUAAUUAUCUCCUUUCCUUUGCUUGGGUCAGCCUCUAGGAUGGCCCCCCAUGAUCCCCACCUCCUGGUAUCCACGCCAUGAUGCAAUCUGCUUACAGUCUAAAUCAGGAUGAACCGUGUGACUCAUAGAACACUGCAGAAGGGAUGAUGUGUGACUUCAGAUGCAAAGUCAUAAAGGACAAGGACACAACCACCUUCUUGGAUUUCUCACUCUGUGGAAGGGCAGUGACAUUCCAUGAGACAAGCAGUCCUGUGGUGAGGCCCAUGUCAAGAAGGCCUGAGAUCUCCCACCAUCAGCUACAGCCAAUUUGUCAGUCAUAGAUCCUCAAAAUGAGCAGCAGAUACACUCAGUCUGUAGGAUCAUUUAGCAACUCGGGGAAGGAGGUUUCCUGGUUGACCGACCCAGGGCCUGACGACUCCUUUUGAGCCACCUGACAAUUCAGUCCAGCACAGCAACUGAAGGAAGGCGUUCCCCAACCUGCUGUCCUAUGAAGGCCUCUAGGUCACCGGUGCUAAAGCCCUCCUUUCUCCACCCUCCUUAAGUGGAGGUAAACGUCCCAGCAGGAAGUCAAGGCUGGAUUGGCGCUCUUCGCGAGCACCCUGGGAACGGGAGUCUGGGUCACGGGUGCUAGAGCCCUCCCCUCUCCUCCCGGCCGUGUAUGGGAAAUUGUCCCCGCAGAAAGUAAAGGCUGGCCAGGCCGCCCCCAGCACACAGAGGGAAUGAGUCAGGCUCCGGCUCCACACUGGCACGUAGUGGGCGGAUCGCGCCGGCGCUGAGUAGGAAGGAGCUUCUGCCGCCAGCCCGGAACGCAUCAUAGGUUAGCUUUUCAAGACACUUCCUGCAUCUCUGACCUGUUGCACCUCUGUUAUCUUGGCACCUCUGUUAUCUUAGCAGCAAGCACCUGCCUCAGCUGACCCUUGAGCCAUAACCCAUAAGCUCCUGAAAAGUACAUCAAGACUAAAGUGAACCAGCUAACUCAUCAAGACUGGAAUCAUGAGCAAUAAUGGAGCAGACCUAACCUUUGGUUACAUCUCCUGUUUUGUAGCUAUCCUUUUGUUUGGCUCAAAUUUUGUGCCACUUAAAAAAUUUGAUACUGGUGAUGGAAUGUUUCUCCAGUGGGUCCUUUGUGCUGCCAUAUGGUUGGUUGCCUUGGUGGUCAAUCUGAUAUUACAUUGUCCAAAGUUUUGGCCUUUUGCAAUGCUUGGGGGCUGCAUCUGGGCAACAGGGAACAUUGCUGUUGUCCCAAUUAUCAAAACCAUUGGUUUAGGCCUUGGAAUCUUAAUCUGGGGAUCAUUUAAUGCCUUAACUGGCUGGGCAAGCUCAAGGUUUGGCUGGUUUGGAUUGGAUGCAGAAGAAGUAUCAAAUCCCCUGCUAAAUUACAUUGGAGCUGGGCUAUCAGUAGUAAGUGCUUUCAUAUUUUUGUUCAUCAAAAGUGAAAUACCAAAUAACACGUGUUCCAUGGAUACCACUCCAUUAAUAACAGAGCAUGUGAUCAACACAACCCAAGACCCCUGUUCCUGGGUGGAUAAACUUUCUACAGUACACCACCGCAUAGUGGGCUGCAGUCUUGCAGUGAUAUCUGGAGUACUCUAUGGAUCUACAUUUGUGCCAAUCAUCUACAUCAAGGACCACAGCAAAAGAAAUGAUAGUAUAUAUGCAGGGGCAAGCCAAUAUGAUUUAGACUAUGUUUUUGCGCACUUCAGUGGCAUCUUUCUUACAAGUACUGUCUACUUUCUGGCCUACUGCAUAGCCAUGAAAAAUAGUCCUAAACUAUAUCCUGAAGCAGUCCUACCAGGAUUCCUGUCAGGAGUACUUUGGGCUAUAGCUACCUGCUGUUGGUUCAUAGCAAAUCACUCUCUGAGUGCUGUGGUCAGUUUUCCAAUAAUCACUGCUGGUCCAGGAUUUAUAGCUGCAAUGUGGGGUAUCUUCAUGUUUAAGGAAAUAAAGGGUCUACAAAACUACCUAUUAAUGAUACUUGCAUUUUGCAUCAUCUUGACUGGAGCCUUAUGCACUGCUUUUUCUAAAAUCUAACAAUGACAAAACCAGCAGGUGGCAGCAGUAGUUAAGAGAACGCAUCUAUCGGACAGCAGAGAGAUCAUGCUAAGAGUGCAUUUUCAUACAGCAAAUGGAUCUCAGCCACUGUUGGAGUGGGUAAAUGAUUUUUUUCCCCAAAAAUGUGAGAAUGAAGGAAGAUUGAGUUUCAUUCAAGUAUAAAAAUGAAAAUUUCUUCUGAUGAACUGUUUAUGAAGGUAGUCCUUUACUGGGUGACUAAAAUGUCUACAUUAUUAUAGCAUUACAUACGAGGAUGCUGUUUUUACCACAGUAUGUACCUAGUGUUGCAUAAUCUAGAACACAGUAUAGAGUCCAUAUACAAAGAAGUUACAGUCCAAAUUUCUCACCUAUUACCCCAGUGAAGUGAGGCAGAAACAUCUUGGGCGAGGAGGGAGAGCCUUACCUUCUAAUGGAAUUAGAUUCCAAAGAUAUUUGGAUCCUUUGUUUCAUAAAGUAAAUGCAUAGUUGGUAACUAAAUGUUAAAAAGGCCAUUUUAUUAUUGUUAGCCAAAACUUCUGUUUAUUUCAAGUUAAUAUCGCCCAACUCUACAUCAUCUACCCAUUUUAGCUCAUAAUGCUUUUGAUUAUUGCCAGAUAAAGUCCAUUCUCAGAGAACAAAAAUUUUUCAUCAUUGAGAAUAUGUGCAUAACAUAAUACAUACAUACACAAGUAUAUUCACGUACAUAAAUACACAGAUAUGUUGCUAAAGUGAGAUUGUAGGUUAUCAGUAACAAUUUAAAGGAAACAACCACUCUUUUGAAUGUACAAUUUUUUUUUCUGAAAUACACUUUUCUAAAACCCUCUUAACUGGAGGUUUCCUGUUUUCUUCUUGUUUUAACUGGUGGUUUCCAGUAGGCAAAAUAAAAUGACAGGCAUGCUAGUUUUUUUUUUUUUUUUUUUUUUUUUUAAGAAAACUGAAAUUAAGCCAAGCAGGGUGGUGCACUACUAUAAUCCCAGCUGCUGGGGAGGCUGAAGUAGGAGGGUCACUUAGCCCAAGAGUGCAAAUCUGCCAGCCUAGGCAACAUAGCAAGGUCCCAUCUCUAAAAAAGAAAUUUAAUUUAAAGUUGUAAGAAAAAAGAAAACUGAAACAGAACUGCCAGUACAAUGUUUGUUGCAAUUGUUUCCAAAACUUUGAAAUAACAAAACCCCUAUUCAAAUGUAAAUUUUACCCAUUCCCACCUGAUAGUACUGUUUAUUACUUUGCUAUGCAGGAGAAACAAAACAGCUUUUUAUUUGUGUGUAUACUCUGAAGUCAAUGUGCAUGGGUUAAAUCCCACCUCUGCUUCAUUUUAUUUGUGUGGCUUUGGACAAGUUCCUAAGCCCUCUGUGUCAGGCCCCUCAUUAACAAAAUGGAGUUUAUGAUGGCAUCUACCUCACAUGGUUAUUGUGUGGUUGAAAUUAGUUAAAAUCUGUAAAGUAUGUUGAUGAGUAUCUGGUACUUGGCAAACACUAUAUAAUUGUUAGCUUUAUUAUUAUGUGUUGUUUGAAGGGGAAAAAAAGUUUUUGUAGAUUGGAGAACACCAUGUAGGAGCUACUAAGCUCACCACCUUCCCAUCCAAACAAUUAUUACUCCUCUAAAUGAAUACUACUUAAAAGUGAUGGAGCUUCUGUUUGUUUAUUGAAUUGCUAAUACAAAUAAAUAUUUGAUUAUAACUUCUUAUACUCAUUUUAAUUUUAACCUGAAAUGUCAUUAAAUUAUGCUGAUAAACUUUGAAUAAAUUGUGAUACGAAA